CUAUAAACGCUGUAAUUGCAGGGAGCGGUAACAUGUCAUUCCAAGCACACGGUUAUUUCCUGUGUUCAUAACAAGCAUCUGGGACACUUUUCUUACAGGUGGUGAGUGGUUGUACUUCAACGAUGAUAAUACAGCAGGAAUUCACCCUGAAGAAAAGUCUCUCCUAUGGAUUGAUCUGCAAAGUGGUGACCAUCGUUGUCACAAUUGGAUUAAUAGUCACCUUCAACAGCAGGAGUGCCAUACACAGAGGAGUCUCAUACAACAUCCCCCCGUUCACAAGACAAUGUCUCUGCAGACAAAGGAUUGGAGAACCCUCUUUGAGCACACCUACGACCUCUCACACGGGAACCCUGAAUUCUUCUGAAAUCCACCAUAUCGCUUUCUUAAAGGUUCACAAAUGUGCCAGUUCCACAAUGAUGAACAUGUUUUAUAGGUUCGGCCGCAAAAGAAACCUUACAUUUGUCCUUCCAAUUAAGGGUGAAAACUAUUUAAAUCUUACAAAAGAAAGGGGUUUUCUCUCAGUGGUUCCUCCAGCCGCCAUGUCUGGAUAUGACAUCCUUUGUAACCAUGUGUCUAGGUUUGACAAACAAGCCUUCUCCCGCUUACUACCACCAGACACAAAAUAUAUUGCCAUUGUGCGAGACCCUCUACAAAGGCUAAAUUCGGCGCUUCACUAUUACAAGAGUGCCCUGACCAACGUAGGCUUGACGACGGAGAAAGGGAAAGACCCAUUUCAAACGUAUCUGAAAAACCCUGAAUACUAUGAAACAGCAUGGGGAGUCGGUUCAUUUACAAAUAACAAAAUGGCGAGGGACUUUGGCUUCCCUUUCAAAGAUUACAGGAACAUUACAAAGUUCAAGGCUUAUCUCCCAACGCUCAAGAAACAGUUCCACUUUGUUGCUAUCGUUGAAAUGUUCCCUGAAUCUCUAGUGCUUAUGCGUAGAUUGUUGAAAUGGCCAAUGGAAGAUAUAUUAUUUUUGACCAUCAAUGUUAACCAAAACAAACCUACAGCAAUUGGAGAUAUUUCUGAAAAGCUGAAACCUUUUCUUGCCCUUGAUGUUUUGUUGUAUGAUUACUUCCUAGCAGAUUUUAAAAGACGAAUCACGUCAGAAGGACAAGACUUCGAAGAGGAGCUAAAAUACUUUAAAAGCAUUAACACCAAGACUACUGAGUUUUGCAAGAGUAAUUUGCCAGCCCAAAAGCUGUCGUUUGUGGCCAGUGAGUGGCAUGGUGACUUCAGUGUCACACGGGGCGAUUGUGACCUACUAGGAAAACCCGGGAGACCAUUUUUGAACUUAAUGCGGGCGAUUCAAAAUAACAGAAUAAAUAAAUACGGAGCAAAUGUAAGUUUAUUCUUAUGAAGAAGGUUAAAUAGCACUGGCACAGAAUUAGGGUACCAACAUUCAACAAAUCAAGGUUAUGUGCUUGUUUCACACAAGGAGAACUGGUUAGGGAAAUUUCUGACUUAACACCUUCCGUUCCGAUCAAAAAUUCUGCGUCCAGGAACUUCAAAAUCUAUUUAAUAAAUUUACACUUCCCGAUCCUUCACCAUGGGAACGUAUAUAUCGACAUUAAUAAUUGGACCGUAAAUAUUGGUACUGCGUCUUGUGCUCGCAUUUGAUAGAACUUAUGGUUUCUGAUUUGUUGAAUUGCCUUUUAUGAAAUAGUCUUGAAAGUCUUCGUAAGCUGGCUUUCAGCAACGGUAACUGUGUCAUUAUACUGCACCAACUGUCAAGGAGAAGCAUUGGCUAAAGGAUUUUGCCCUCUGUGAGGGAGCGGUAUCAAAUAGAUACUACAGACAACUAUGUAAUUUGGUUGUUAUUAAUAUAUGUAUGAAAUUGAUUGUUUUAGUCAUACCACUAUGACGGAACACGGAUUCCGUUUUAUCAUAUCAUGACGUUAUAUUAUUAAGACAAUCUGUAACAGUUUGUAGUUCUUCGUAGCUCCAAAUAUAAAUUAAAUAUUAAAUAAGAAGGGACGGUAUUACUCAAAUUGUUCUGAGAUCAUAAAUGAAAGGUUUUGGUUUGUGAAUGAGUGCUUUUAAUUAAAUACCUGACUUGUAUAACAAGAUUCUGUGGUGUGUAAGGGGCAGAUGGUAGCCCAGUGGUUAAAGCCCUCGCUCAUCCCGCCGAAGGCUCGGGUUCGAUAUCCCACAUUGGUACUCUGUUUGAAGCCUAUUCCUAGUGUUCUCCGCCGUGAUGUUGCUGGAAUAUUGCUCAAACGGUGGUAACCAACUUCAUUCACUCACUCACUCA